UCCCCCCCGCCGCACCGCCCCCGGGGUCGCCCCCUCCCGCCCUUUCCUUCCACUGACGCAGUCUGUGCCGCACCAGCUCUAACAUGGCGGCGAGGCGCUGAGGAGCGCGGGGAGACGCGGGCCGCCAGCGGGUAUUUAAACUUUUGAAGCCAUGGGAGUAAAGGUCCAGAGACCUCGUUGCUUUUUUGACAUAGCCAUCAACAAUGUACCUGCUGGAAGAGUGGUCUUUGAACUGUUUUCAGAUGUGUGUCCGAAGACAUGUGAGAAUUUUCGCUGCCUUUGCACAGGUGAAAAGGGUACAGGAAAAUCCACCCAAAAGCCAUUGCAUUACAAAAGUUGUCUGUUUCACAGGGUUGUGAAAGACUUUAUGAUCCAAGGAGGUGAUUUCAGUGAAGGAAAUGGCAGGGGAGGAGAAUCCAUUUAUGGUGGCUUUUUUGAAGAUGAAAGCUUUGCUGUAAAGCACAACAAAGAAUUUCUCCUCUCAAUGGCCAACCGAGGGAAAGAUACAAAUGGUUCACAGUUCUUUAUAACGACUAAACCUACACCUCACUUAGAUGGACAUCAUGUUGUUUUUGGACAAGUCAUCUCAGGUCAGGAAGUUGUGAGAGAAAUAGAAAACCAGAAAACAGAUGCAUCUAGUAAACCAUACGCUGAAGUACGCAUACUGAGUUGUGGAGAGUUAAUUCCAAAAUCCAAAGCCAAGAAAGAAGAGAAGAAAAGACAUAAAUCGUCUUCCUCAUCCAGUGACUCGGAAAGUUCAAGUGAUUCAGAAUCAUCUUCUGAUUCAUCAUCGGAUUCUGAGAGUGCUUCGGAGGAGAAAUCUAAAAAACGAAAAAAGAAACACAAGAAAAAUUCCAAGAAACAUAAGAAAGAAAAGAAAAAGAGAAAGAAAAGCAAGAAAAGCUCAUCCAGUGAAAGUGAAGAUGAAAACCCUGAAGCACAGCCUUUAUCUACUGUCCGUCCUGAAGAAAUUCCUCCUGUACCUGAAAACCGGUUCCUGAUGAGGAAAAGUCCUCCUAAAGUAGAUGAGAAAGAGAAAGAAAGGAAAAGCAGAGAGAAGGAAAGAGAAAGCAAUCUAUCAAAUUCACAGUCAACUUACCAGAGGAGGCUGUUAGUGACCAGAUCUGGAAGGAAAAUAAAAGGAAGAGGACCAAGGCGUUAUCGGACACCUUCCAGAUCCAGGUCAAGAGAUCGAUUCCGACGCAGUGAAACUCCUCCACAUUGGAGGCAAGAAAUGCAAAGGGCUCAAAGAAUGAGAGUGUCUAGUGGAGAACGGUGGAUAAAAGGGGACAAGAGUGAAAUAAAUGAAAACAAGAAAGAUAAUCAAAAAAGCCCAGGAAGAGGAAAAGAGAGAAAAAUAUCAGACCACAGACAAGUUUCUGAAAGCCCAAGCAGAAGAGGGGAAAAGGAGAAGAAAAAAGAUCACAAAUCCAGCAGUAAAGACAGGGAGACAAGAAGGAAUUCAGAAAAAGACGACAAGCAUAACAAAAGCAAGGCCAAGAGAAGAGCUAAAUCUAGAAGCCAUAGUAAAAGCCGAGAGAAAUCAAAAAGUAAAGAGAGAGACUCUAAGCACAGUAGACAUGAUGAAAAGAGGGUAAGAUCAAGAAGCAAAGAGAGAGACCACGAGAAGGGUAGAGAAAAAGAAAAGCGCUAUGAUUCUAGAGGGAGAGAUAAAGAAAGAAGUAGGAGCAAGGAGAGAAGUAAAAGGGCAGGCUCAAGGAGUAAUGAACAAGACCAUAGGAAGAGUAAAGACAGGGAGAAACGCAAGUCACGAAGCAAAGAGCGUGAGCAUGCUCGAGGAAAACAUAGUUCCAGCAGUAGAACAAGGGAUCGAAGCAAAAGCCGAGAUAGGGGUAGGAGAGGAAGAUCGAGAAGCAGAGACAGAGACCGCAGUAGAAGUAAAGACUAUUCGAGGAAUAGAGAUAGAGAAACAAGAAGACGAGGAAGAUCGAGAAGCAGAGAAAGGAGAGGUACACCAGAUAAAUACAGAGGAAGAGAAAAUAGGAGGAGGAGAGAAUCCAGGAGCUCGGAGAGGGAGGAGAGUCAAAGCAGAAACAGAGAGAGGUAUUCAAAUAGAGAAAGUAGAAGCUCAUAUAAGAGGAACGAUACAGAAAGCCAAAGGAAGAGGCGUUCAAAAAGCCGUGAAAGUAGCAGUCCUGAAUCCAGUAAAGAUAAGAAGUCUAGUAGAGAUCAGGAUAGGAGUCCAGACUCAAAAAAGAGAACAAGUAGCAAAGAGAGAGAAUCAAAAAAAUCAUAUUCACGCAGCAGUAAAGAAAAGGAAAAGACCAGAUCCUCAGCAGAAAAAGAAAUAAACCAAAAAUCAAAGAGUCAGGAGAGAGAUCAUGCCCCUAGUAAGGAUAAAAAGUCUGAUCAUGAAACAAGUCCUGGAACAGAUGACGACAGGCACGGAUGAGUUUGUGGACUUAAUGUUUCCGUUGUCUCAAAGUUUUAGAGACAUUUUGGGGAACGCCUUUUUUUAAGAUGUGGACUUCAGUUUGGUCUUUUGAUAAUCUAAAACCUGGAUCAUUUGUACUGCUAAAGUUUUAAUAAACUUGAAAUGAAAACCGAAUUAUACGUGUAAUACGGUGUGCUGUGUUUUAAGUAUUUCAUUGGUUUCUGUAUCCUUGUGUGUUGGCAGCUAGAAAGAUAACUUCUGUGCCGCAUUUAUUUUUUACCUGAUGAACUUAGUUUAGUGCAAAUAACAGCUGCCUGGGAAGAAGCUUGUUUCGUGUGCAAGGAAGAAGCUGCAAGUAUGCCACAUGUCAUCCUAAGGCUAGGAGAAUGGUGCAGGGUGGCCGUCGUUCCUGUGUCGCCACAUCAUCAUUUCAGUAGGUAUAAGUCCUAAGGAAAUUAAUUUAUAGAGGAAAAUUACGGGGCGUUUUUGUAAUCACAAUGUGAAUUAUUUGAAGUAAAUCUUCACUGUUUGUGCUUCUGUCACUGCCAAGAGUAGGAUUCAUUCAUGCUGUAAGGCAGUCGUCUGUGUUUGGGAGUUAUUUCUUUGUCCCCCAAAAAAAUUUUUUUGAAGUGCUUAUCAGUGUAAUUUUUUUUUCCUUGCAACCUCCUUUUUCUGUUCCAUGUUGUCAUGUUUGUCUACUGCAGAAAAUUCAGCUUGGAUGCUUCAGACUACCCUGCCUCAGUUGCCAGUCAAUGGAUGCACAGAGAUGAAACAGAUUACCAGAACUCACAGUGGGCGGCAGAGUGAGGAACCAGGAAAUCCUUUCUGCUCUUCCUGCUUCUUAGCAGCCUAUGAGAAAACUAUCGCAGCGCUGCGGGUUUUGGGGUAGUUGAAGCAGAAUUCCAAGUAAUGUUGUAAGAUGGGUUCUUAAUUUUUUUUAAAAACGAAAAUUUUGCUUUCCUCCCUGUGUCCCCUCACUCUAAAGGCUGUGCUAUGAAUUCCUCCUCAUUCUCUACUAUGUGCGUAUCUUCCUCAAACCAAUUCCCUCCCUCUUCUGCUUUCCUCUCCUGCCUCUAGGCCCCCCCACCUCUGUUUCUCUCUCACCUCCACACCUUCCUAUGGGAGAGAAGGAGGGUGGCUUGUGUCGCUGCCGGAGCGCUCACACGUGUGCCAUCACCAAAGAGCCGCCCUUACGUGAACUAUUCCCACCAAAGGCUGGCAAACCUUGAAAUUCCUGAAGAGAAGUAACAAGCAUUAAUGGGAAGUUGUGUCAAAGUGAAACAAUGUUUUAAUUGUUUGUGUGUUUGUUUAUUUUUGGCAGAUCUUUUAAGUGUAUGACAUAGCUUGUUCUUACUGUCUUUGUUACGAGUUUGUCAACAUUUUUGCUGUAUAACCCAGUGAUCAGUGUGUGUCUACGGCAGAUGAGCAGGACUGCUGAGACUUGGCUUGGCAUUGUGAGCCAGGCAGUUGUUACUCUGAAGGAAAGUGACUAGUUAUGCAUUGAAAGCAAAAGAAAAUAUAGGAAUUGUGAACAACAUAAGCGACCUUUUUACAGGAAGAAAACUAGAAUUAUGUAGUGUUACUUUUUAGCAGAACAGUUAGCGGAGCCACUUUGGCUGUCAACUUUACUUUUCCCAUGUUUUAGUAUGAAUUUGGGGUUGCAGUGGUCAUUCUAUGCAGAAUGUGUAAAAAUACUUCCUGAGCCCAUGUGUGGGUGGAUGAUACAGAUGGUGUAAGAGUUUAUAGGAGAGACCUGAAGGCCUGUCUAGCAGACCUGUCCUGUGUGAAGCCACUCUGGACUCUGUAUGGCUUUGGAGAAGUUGUAGUCCUAUUUUGGGGGACCGUAGGAAGAAAAAGCGAGGAAGUUAGGCUUAAGAGAAACGUAUGGCAGCUCAGACAAAGGCUUCUUUGGUGCAUUUGUACUGUGCUAGGCAUGCCGCGUGCCUCAGAAUCUCAUUUAAAAACUUUGCAGUGUUCUUUUGCUAUUUUUUACAGAGCUGACACAAGCAAACUAUUGCUGAAGAAAUAUGUUUGCGCUACUGACAAUAUUCUUGCCAUACCACUGAAGCUCAUAUAAGCAUGCAAACAAACAAAAAAAAUCCCUCAACUAUUUUGACCCUGCUGUAGAAGACGGUGAAAAAAAUGCAAACAGUCAGCAAUAAGGCAAUCCAUAGGAAUGGUUAAAAAACGUUACAAAGUCUUUAAUUUAAAAUCUCCAAAUGGAGAUUAUCUCCAAUUGUAGUUCGCAGUUGUGUGUAACCAGUUAUUUCAAAAGACGCGCUUGUAUACCCUUUCAUAUGGAGUUUCUUUUUCUUUGUUACGGUUCAGAAAAUUGUUUGUACAAAUGAAACGAGCUCUAAUUCUUUCAUAGCAUGUUAACACUCAUCUGAGUUGGUGGCAUGAAGCUCAUCUUCUUGUUUUUAAUGUACUUAGUAAGAAGUUGGGUACUUUUAAUUGCACAUGUGGGAUACCCUUGAUCUCUUGCUGAGUGCGUGCCUUGCCUGUAUACUAUUCAAUGGUAAAUUGUUCUAGUGCCCAUCGCUCUGUUUAAACUGAAACAACAAUUACAGUCUUGUAGGAGGGAGGAUUUGCCAGAUCGGUACCUUUCUUUAUCAAACCGGAAACUGAGAAUGCUGAUAAAAAUUCAGCAGGACUGAAGCACGGUCCCGUGGACAGCAAGACGUCCCCAAGCGCCAGUGAGCUCUUACGGCUGCUCUUGCUGUCCCGGAACCAUUUCUUCCCUCAGUGGCACGGCUUUGCUCUUCCCAGCGUCACAGUAACUGCCCAGUGCUGUACUCCCAGUGUGGCUCAAUGCCGUCUUUGCCAGCUGCGUGACAGGUCAUUGGCUUUUGGCUUGGAGAACUGAAGUUGAAGGCAUAUUUCAAAGCAAUGCUUAGGUGUACUAGAGGUAACCAAAACAACGCUUACGAGUAGUACGUUUAGAGGACAGCUUUUUAUGUCAGUAGCCCAGCGCUGACCUUACUCCUGAGAAUUUGUAAACCUUACGACUCAAGGUAAAAUGAGGGCAGGGAGGACUGGACUCCCUGGAGACUACACUCUCCCUGGAGACUGGACUUUGUAAGCAUACGUUUAAGUGAAUGUACAGCUCUGAAACCGUUUCCAAAAGUUAGACGUGCAUUCUCUGUUGUAUUGACAAUAAAUACUGACAUUUUCCUAAUACCACAUAGCCUAUGUGUACAUGGAAUGCUGAACUUAGUAUUGGCAGCAGCUUUCCAAACUUUAUUGGAACUUUACCACUAUUUGAUGUUGAAUUUUCUGGGUACUGCCAUCAAGUCAGAA